AUGGAAGAACAGGUAGUCCCGACGAGAGAGGGGGGAGCCGCCAUAGCGAAAAUUGAAGGGGAGCGCGACGCAUCCCUACAGGCGUUGCGCAAAUUUCGCGAAGAAUCUCCCCCCAGAGAGAAUUAUGAACCAUGGUAUUCGACUAUGGAUGACCCACAGAGCCUUAGUAUCUUUGGCGAACUGAAGGUAGGUAUGAAUCAGUGGAGUGUAAGAGAAGCAAAAGAUCCCUCUCAGCUCAACGAUCUCCAGGGCAGUGACCGUGAGUGCUUUUUUAAAGAGGUCGCGAAAAUAGUCCUUCUGGAUGGAGUGGACAAACAGGAAUUUCCAACGGGUCUUCGGGGACGUCCCAGAGUAUUAAUCAUUGUCCUUGAAGCUCUGCUUACCCAUCAUAUGUUCACGACUGUCUAUCCCGAUCCUUUCUUCUUCUUAGGUGAAGAAACAUCUCGAAUUUUCAACGAUAUCAUGUCGUUGGGCAACAUCUACACCUUGAAACUCAUUCAUCCAUCGCGCAAGUCUCCAGAUGAAGUAAUGAUCAGAUCGCAAACAGAAAAGCUUUUGCGCAAAGCUGCAAUCUCCGGAGCUUCAAACUUUAUGCGGAGUCCCGCCAAAUAUAUCAUAAAUGGUCACCCGGAUGCACUACAGCAACUCGAGGAUCUGUAUAUGCUGGCCGCCAAGCAUUCGUACAUGAUUUGGAAGAAGGAUUCAAUAAUCAAGCUCCUUGACGCCUCCAACUUCUUGGGCCAGCCAUUUGAUUUACAGAAUCCCAACAUGGCAGCAGACAAUAGGGUCUUCCAAAAUGUCGAUAUCAGUCCAAAUGGCCAGCAAAUAACCAUGGUUUCAUCGCCUGCGAUCCUGAGGUAUGGGCUACGCGGAGCAGAUCCUGCUUACUAUGAGAAGAGAUGGUGGCAUGAGGUCUCCGCGUACCGACAUGCAGGUGUGUCGUUUUAUAUUCCUAGGCCUGGGGAUGCUGAUCAAGGUUCUGAGCCAAUGACUCUUCCUCCCCGACCAUCGGGAGACUUGAAGCCAGCAAUUCUUCCUUCCAGGAGUGAUUUGAGCGCAGAAGCUCUAUGUGAAAGAACACUUAAACGUUUCGACAGAGUGACUUUACUUGACCUCGUCAAACCCUACCUAGACGACUUCGCUGAGCAGCUAAGACCUGUGCUGGAAGGGCUACGCGGGGAAUUAGCGCAACGAAUUGAAGAGCGCGACGAAAUGGAAAAGGAAAGAGACGAAUUCAGAAGCAAACACCGCGAGGCUCUUCAAUCAAUAGAGCGCCUCAAAUCUGGGAUGUAA